AAAAACUAUUGUUAGCGUUAGCCGCAGUGUCACAGAGGGAGGAAGCUUUCCAUCAACCGACUGAACCGACGGCUGUUUUCAGUAUGCACCGCAGACAGAGGGGAUCCCACCUGGGCUUGCUGCUCCUGGCCUCCCAGUUGUUCCAGGUUGGUCUGGACAACAUCCCCCCAGUCACCCUGGCUGUCCUGGGACUCAACGUGUACCUUUACCUGUUUCCUGCAGCUCCACUGAUGCAGGCCUGUGUGAGUGUCCAGCAGGCAUACUGGUUUAAAGACUGGCGCCGCCUUCUGCUGUCCCCACUGCACCAUGCAGAUGAUUGGCACCUCUACUUCAACAUGGCGUCCUUCCUCUGGAAAGGUAUCAAGCUGGAGCAACGGCUGGGCGGACCCUGGUUCGUGUACCUGCUGUCGGUCUUCUCUCUGCUCACUGGAUUGGUCUAUCUGGUGCUGGAGGCGUUGUUAACAGAGCUUACCCAGGACCAGUCCUACAGCAUGACCUGUGCUGUUGGCUUCUCAGGGGUCCUGUUUGCGCUGAAGGUGCUCAGUAACCACUACCACCCUGGAGGUGUGACCUACGUGAUGGGUUUCCCUGUUUCUAACCGCUAUGCUAGUUGGGCCGAGCUUGUGCUGAUCCACAUAAUGUCACCUGGGACCUCUUUCAUUGGUCACCUGGCUGGUAUCCUGGUGGGUCUGCUCUACACUGCUGGACCACUGAAGGCAAUCAUGAACAAAUGUGCAGGAUUUGUGACAUCGAACGGAUAUAACUCCGGGCCCAGUGCGUACUACGGCUCUUCAGGCUCUUCAGGGUACAGUGGCACUCGUGGAGGAAACUCAGGAAACCAUCAGUAUGCACCAGAUUACACAACAAAUAAUACAGCACCUUAUACAGGUGGACUGACGGAGGAGGAGCAGAUAGAGGCGGCCAUUCGAAACAGUCUGAAUGACAGAGGACAAAUCAACCAGAGAGGAGCUCCUCCCCCUUAUGGGUUCCACCAUUCUGAGGAGGCAAGAGCUGAGGAAAUCAGACAGAGGAGACUGAGGAGAUUUGACAGCUGAACUAUCAGGCAACCGAGGGGAAGAAGAAGGUUUAGGUGACAGGAGAGAAGACUAAAGCCUGGUCUGAACUCUGCUUCCACAGGCUGAGGGAGAGCGCCCUGAAUGAGUAGGUCUAACCGCACAGCCUGAUACAUUUAUCAGCUCUUUCACUGUGUGGUCCUUUCUGUUAAUGUACUGCUAAGUGUUACCGAAGAGUUAUUGGAGUUCUAUGGAAAGCUACUUUAACGCUACUUAGACACUGAAGUUGUCCUCUGAUUUGCAGCUUCCGAUUCCGAUAAGAGGAGAGUCAAGGGGUGUUUGUAAUAUUUCUCAGCCACUGUUCUGUUGUUACACCACUUUGGGUUGUGAAAUGGGUGCGAGACGACAUAUUAAAUGCCUUAAAGUUGUUUAAAACCCAAUUCUAAAUUUAAGAAACAUGAAUUCUGAAAACAGACAAAAUGGCACUUAGACACGAUAUUUUCCACAAUCCAACUACUUUUUAUAUCGCAUAUCAUAUUUAGACUUCAGAAAUGUAAAAUGGAGUUCCAGAUUUGUAAAAGCUUGUUUAUAUUUUUGUAUUGUUUUGUAUGUAAGAGCAAAAAAAAAAAAAAAAGGCCAUGCUCACUGCUUUUUCUCCUUCUAGACCACGUAAGACCAGAAAUCAUAUUGUCAAACUGGAUUAGCUUGUGUCAGUCUAGUUUAAGUACAAUGGGUUUCGAUCUACACUUUAUCGUACGUGGUCGGGGUAGAGAGAAAGCUGUGAAAUCAGCCCUUUUCUGUUGACAAACUGAAACAGACAGCACCCUAGAAGUGGGUAGGACAAAUCUCAAUAGAUCUUUACUGCUAUUACUAAGCUUCAAACGGCAAUAUUAAGAAACCCAGUGGGAUAGCUUCAGGCAGAAAAGAAACUGGAAUUUAAGUUUUUAAUAGCGAUUGCCAAUGAAAUUCAGUCUAUUUUUUCAUAAGAUGUUAAAUCUGAACCAGCCAGUAUUUUCAAAGUAGGUUGAGUUGAUAGACAUCAGCAACACCAGAAUGAUGCUUUUGAACUUGAGGAAAGCUGUGGUUCUCUCCAUACUGUUCAUGAUGUCUUUUAUCACAUUACCAAAAGACAAUUCUGUAUUUUGCCAAAUAGUCCUACAUAACCUUCUAUCCAUAGUGCUGAAUGCUGUGUCUUUAUGUACAUCAAAAGGGUCACACAUCUGGAUUCCUAAAGGCCCAGUUGGCUCAUGUAAUAGUACAUCUGUAAUAAAUGUUCUUUUGAGCGCAAAACGUA